CGUUAAGGAUAUUUUAUGACUCAGUAAACAGAUAAAGAGUAAUUCGUACCGAUUCACAUAAUUGAGAACUAUUUUAUGCCCUUCUCUUACAUAAUUACAAGUAGUUCCUUGCAUUUUUCCCCACAAUAUUUCCAAGUGAACACUAAAAAACACUUUAAUACAAUACAUCAAAAUAUUCUAUCGAAAAAAUGUUAUCUCAACACUCACAUUUGGUCGUCCCUAAACAAACCUCCCCCAUAAACUUCCCGGCCACCAUGUCUCCGCCAUCCACCGCCGUUGUCUACGACAAACACGGCCCUCCCGACACCGUCACAAGGAUUGCGAAUAUUCCACCGGUGGUGAUGAAUGCGAACGAAGUGUGCGUGAAAAUGCUUGCAGCUCCCAUCAAUCCUGCUGAUAUCAACAGAAUAGAGGGAGUGUAUCUAGUAUUGCCACCGACCCCUGCAAUUGGUGGAUGGGAAGGUGUUGGAGAAAUACAUUCUGUAGGCUCUGCUGUUGUGGCUCUUUCCCCUGGAGAUUUGGUAAUACAUGCAGCUUAUCUUUCGGGGACAUGGCAAACAUAUGUGGUAGAAGAUCAAAGUUUAUGGUACAAAAUAGACAAAAACACUCCAAUUGAAUAUGCUGCCACUAUUUCUGUUAAUCCAUUGAGUGCCUUGAGAAUGCUUGAGGAUUUUGUGGCUUUAAAAUCAGGGGACACAAUUGUUCAAAAUGGAGCUACAAGCAUAGUAGGGCAAUGUGUUAUUCAAUUAGCUCGAAUUCGUGGAAUUAAUAGCAUUAAUAUCAUAAGAGAUAAACCUGACUCUGAUAAAAUUAAGGAAAAAUUAAUCAAACUUGGAGCUAAUAAAGUAUUUACUGAAAGUGAACUCGAAGUUAAAGAUGUCAAAAAACUCCUGGAUGAUAUACCUAAACCUAGUUUGGGUUUGAAUUGUAUUGGUGGAAAUGCAGCUAAUAUGGUGGUAAAAUUCUUAAAGCAAGGUGGCACUAUGGUUACAUAUGGAGGGAUGUCAAAAAAGCCAAUUACUGUAUCUACUACACAAUUUAUAUUCAAGGAUAUUUCAUUGAAAGGAUUCCUGUUACGAGAAAAGAAUCUAGAUGAAGCACAAUAUAAGUGUUCGAUUGAUCAUCUACUGGCCCUCGUUCGUGCUGGGAAAUUGCAAUACGAGAUGGAGAUGGUGCCUUUUAAAGAUUUUCAUAUAGCUCUUGAAAAGGCAAUGGGAAAACAAGGAAGUCAAAGGAAACAAAUUCUAAAAUUUUAAAAUAAGAUAGCUUCAAUUAUUGUUUGACGUGUAUUGUUUUAAUUUUAUCGAAUAUCUUCGAAGGGAUUAAUUAUUGUUAGAUUAUAUUUCACGUGAUUAUUAAGAAAUAUAUAAAUAAUUGUAACAAUGAGAAAAAUAUUUUUUACCUGAGCUUAGGGAUAUAUUUUUCAAGUUGAAUUUUGUCAA